AUGGCAAACGCGGAGGAACUUGAGGAUGACCGCGAGAUUUCCUAUUACGACGCAGUGAAAAACUCGGUUGUCGAGCUUCGAAUUAAGGAAGAAAAAAAUAGAGGGUUUGAUAUUCCUUCUACCACUGGAAGAAUGGCUAAUUUAUCAUCUGGCUUCUCUGCAAAGGCAGAAAAUUUGAGGACAGAAGCAAGAACAGAAAAGAAACUGAAUAAUAGUCGCGUGCUUCUUGAUUAUGACAUUGAGAAGAAUUCAACUGUUCUUCUUAUAAUUCGGAGAAGUGCUACUGAGCAGAUAAAUUUUAAUCCUCAGAUGGAAAAGAUGGCUAAUUCAACAUUGCAUCUCUUCAAAACAGCAGAAAAUGCAAAAAUGAAAUUUGACCAGCAUGAUUUUGUUCACAAAAAUUUUCGAACGCCUGCUGACGAUAGCUUCAAGAACAGUCAAGUCCCACGCUUUUCAGCUGAGGCAUACGAGUCCGUACCGAUAACUGUGAGAUCGACAGGUGGAGCACUUUCACUGGCAGUGCAGCUCUCAGACAGCGUCAGAGAUCUCAAACAAAAAAUUAAUAAUAAGACGGGAAUACCGAUUGAAAAACAGCAGUUACUUUUGGAUAGUGAGAAACUGGAAGAUAAUCGCAGGCUUUCUGAAUGUAAAAUCAGGGAGAAUUCAGCCCUUUAUCUUAUAGUUCAAAGGGGUAAAACUACGCCAAUAAAUGCGGGCUCUUUAGCUGGAAAGUCAACAAAAGAUUUUGGUUCUGAGAAUUGGCGAACGCUUGCUGGUGAUAAUAUCAAUAGUGGCUCAAAUUUGAGUUUUAAAUCCAGGAUGCAUGGAACAAUACCGUUUCUUGAUCAUUUAAAGCAGACCGACAGUAGUUGGGCUGACAAAAGAUGUUUAAGGAAUUCAAGUUGCGGAAAAAUAGCUGUAGAUGAAUUUCCAUGUUUUUUGGUCAUAUUGGCUUUAUGUACAUGA